AUGGGUGACGACGAAUGUUUGGUGAACAUCAACAAAAAAGCAUAUGUCUGGUGCAAGGAAUGUAUUGGAGGUACUUGGUCCACUUUGACGGAGGAUGAAUUUCAGAUGGUACCAUUGAGUGGUGGCUUGACCAACUAUUUGUACAUCUGUUCCUUACCUCCCCAUUAUCCUGUGCUGAGACCAGAUGAACCUCGAAAAGUACUCCUCAGAGUCUACGGCCAUAUUGCUAAGACAAGUGCUGGUUUUGUUGUGAGAAAUUCAGUGAUAUUUGCUAUUCUCUCGGAGAAAUGUCUUGGUCCAAAAUUGUUUGGUGCCUUCCCAGAUGGCCGGCUUGAAGAGUACAUUCCUGCUCGCUGUCUUUCACGAAGAGACUUGCACAAUCCUAUGAUCUUUAAAACUAUUGGAAGAAAGUUGGGAGAAUUCCACAAUUUGGAAAUGCCUUUAUGCAAGAAACCUAAAUGGUUACAUGAAGUAAUGCACAGGUGGCUGAAUGAAGUGAAAGAAGCGUUCCUUUGCAAUGGCUUAAUUAAGAAUGAAAAACUUCGGAAGUCUUUACCCAAGAAUCUAGAGAAGGAAAUGAUUGAUCUUUUGGAUAGCCUCGAAAAACUGAAUUCUCCUGUUGUGUUUUGUCAUAAUGAUUUGCAAGAAGGAAAUGUGUUAUGGUUAGAUGUUUGUGCAGACCCUUCUAAAAAGUUGACUGUGAUCGACUGGGAGUAUUGUGCAUAUAAUUAUCGAGGAUUUGAUUUUGGCAACCAUUUUUUGGAAUGGUGUUAUGAUUAUGAUGUGAAUGAGCCUCCAUAUUUUCAUUUUUAUGAUGAUGCUUAUCCAAAAAAGAAACAACAGUAUGAAUUUUUUGAAGCCUACCUUUCUACACACAGUAAAACAGAAACCACAGAAAAAGACCUGCAAAGAUUGUAUAUUGAGGCAAACUCUUUUACCUUGGCAUCACAUUAUAUGUGGGGCUUGUGGUCCCUUGUGCAGUCAAGAACAUCAGAAAUCAACUUUGGGUAUUUGGAAUAUGCUAUGAACAGAACUACCACUUACUCUCUUUUUUUUUCCCCUUUUCCUUUCUUUUUUUUUCCUCUUUUCCUUUCUUUUUUUUCUCCCCCCUUUUCCUUUCUUUUUUCCCCCCCUUUUCCUUUCUUUUUUUCCCCUUUUCCUUUCUUUUUUCCCCUUUCCUUUCUUUUCCCCCCCCUUUUCCUUUCUUUUCCCCCCUUUUCCUUUCUUUUUUUCCUCCCUUUCCUUUUUUUUUUCCUCCUUUUCCUUUUUUUUUCCCUCCUUUUCCUUUCUUUUUUUCCCCCUUUUCCUUUCUUUUUUUCCCCCCCUUUUUUUCCCUUAUUGCUUUGUUAA